UAGUCCUUUUCCAUCCGUGUUUUGCAGAUUGAACGAAUGACUUACACUCUGUCCAAGACGCUCCUCGGCCACGAGCAAGACGUGCGCUCGAUUGCCACAUGCAAGGAGUCGGGCGUGAUUGUCACUGGCUCGCGAGAUCGCUCGGCGCGCGUUUGGCGCCCGCCGUAUGCUGACGCAGACUGCACAGUCGUUGCUGGUCACCAUUCCAACUUUAUUGUCGCCGUGUACAUCACCAAGCCAACCCCUGCGUUUCCACAAGGAACGAUCGUCACCGCGUCCAACGACAGGACUGCCAAUGUCUUCCUUCCCGACGCGCUGGACCAACCCCUGGUCACACUCGCAGGCCACACCGACACUGUCUCGGCGAUCGGCGAAACCGCUGCUGGGCUGCUCGUCACUGGAUCCUGGGACAAAAACGUCCGUGUCUGGGAUGGCGGCGAGUGCCUGAGCGUGCUCUCUGGCCACGAGCAGGCCGUAUGGGCCGUGCUUGGCUUGCCGGACGGUGACAUUCUGACCGGCUCGGCGGACAAGACCAUUCGCGUGUGGCGCGAUGGCUCUGCCGUCAAAACCAUCCGUGGCCACCGUGACUGCGUCCGAGGACUGGCUCUGCUGACCGGCGGUGCUGGCUUUGUCUCGUGCAGCAACGACAGCACUGUUCGCAUCUGGACAAUGUCCGGCGAGCCGCUGCAAGAGCUGUUUGGCCACACGUCGUUUGUGUACAGCGUAGCCGCGCUUCCCAAUGGCGCUUUCGUCUCGUCGGGCGAAGAUCGCUGCGUCAAACUGUGGAAUGAUGGUGCCUGUGUGCAAACAAUCAACCUGCCCGUCCCAACCAUCUGGGCCGUGGCCGCGUUGCCCAACAACGACAUUGUUGUUGGCUCGAGCGACGGUGCUGCGCGCAUCUUCACUGCAGACCAGAGCCGAGUCGCGAGCGACGAUGCCUUGCGCGAUUUUGACGAUCAGGUUGCUGCGCAGUCGAUUCCCAGCCAACAAAUUGGUGACAUUGACAAGAACAAGCUCCCUGGUCUUGAGGGGCUGAGUGUCCCUGGAACCAAGGAUGGACAGAACAAGAUUGUGCGCAACAACAACACUGUCGAGGCUUACCAGUGGAGCGCGGCCAAGGGCGAGUGGACCAAGGUUGGCGACGUGGUGGAUGCAGUCGGCUCUAGUCGCAAACAGCUGUUGAACGGCAAAGAAUACGACUAUGUGUUUAACAUUGUGAUUGAGGAAGGCAAGCCCGCCAAAAAGCUGGGCUACAACACUGCGGAAAAUCCCUGGAUGGCGGCGCAGCGGUUUGUUCAUGAGAACGAGCUUGACCAGUUCUUCCUUGAUCAAGUGGCCAAGUUCAUUAUGGACAACACCAAGGGCGUCUCUCUCGGUACCGACGAUGCCGGUUACGCUGAUCCAUUCACUGGCGGCAACCGCUACGUUCCUGGAAACCGCGCUGCCCCAACGCAGAAUUAUGGCAACAACCCGGAUCCGUACACUGGGGGCAACAGCUUUGUUUCUGGUCCCGGCCAGUAUUCGACCCCUGUUGGUGCCAAUAACACGGAUCCUUUCACUGGCGCCGGUUCGUCCAGCUCCAGCGCUCCUGCAUCGACCGGCUACUUCCCGCAGCUCAUGUUCAUCAAUGUUGCUGCGUUCAACUACGCGGCCAUCUCCAAAAAGCUUCGCGAGCUGAACGAUGCCCUACCAUCUGGGUUUUACAAGCUUUCAGCCGCCGAUCUUGCCGAGAUUGACGAGCUCGCUCGCACCCUGGAGAACACGGCCAAGUAUCACUCGAGCGAGAUUUCCCCCAGCGUCUUUGUUCUCUUGAACAAGAUUAUGGCCUGGCCCGAGGCAUCCCUCUUCCCAGUGCUGGAUCUCAUCCGCCUCGUGGUGCUGCAUCCAUCGGGCGUGCGGCACUUUGCCGAGACUGCGGGACACGGCAAGGAAAUUCUUCUGAGCCUGAUCGACGCGGCAGACUUUAGCAACCUGGAAGGACCGGAAGCCAACCGCAUGCUGUCCUUGCGCUUCUUUGCCAACGCAUUCUCGCUCGAGCCUGGCCGCGUGAUGAUGAACGCCAACCGAAGCACUGUGCUCCAGGCCAUCACCGGCUGCCUGGCCAGCAAAAACAAGAACACGCUUCUUGCUCUCGCGACCGUUUUGCUGAAUUAUGCCGUUCUGUUUGGCACCACGCGCGACAAGGUUGCCGAGUCUACGGUGUUUUCGCAUCUGAGCAAGUUGAUUCUCGCCGAUUUGGACGACGAGACCCAAUUCCGCGCGUGCGUUGCCAUUGGCACCUUGCUGAGUCUGUGGGAUGCCGGAAGUCGCAAGAACGCCGCCAUCGCCGCGUUUGCCACCAAGCUGCAGUCCAGUCCAACCCCCAAAGUUGCCAGCUGCGCGGCUCAGUUGCGUCGACUUGUCGCAUGAUGAAAGCGAUGUGUUGUAUUUUUUUUUUCGAUUGCUGUGCAACAUUUAUUAAACUGGUC